CAGCAGAAAGUAGCAAGUCCCAGAUUUUUGCAGGCGGAAACCAUGUCUCAGGCUGCAAAGGCCUCGGCCUCGGCCACAGCAGCGGUGAACCCAGGGCCUGAUGCCAAGGGGAAAGGGGCCCCGCCCUCAGGAGCAGCCCCUGGCCCCGGCUCCACCCUGGCCCCAACGUCGGUGCCUCUGCCCAGCACCAAAGCAGGGGACCUGCCUUCUGGGAGCUACAGGCUGGUGGUCUUCGAACAGGAAAACUUCCAGGGCCGCCGGGUAGAAUUCUCGGCAGAGUGCUUGAACUUGGGAGACCGUGGCUUCGACCGAGUGCGCAGCCUCAUUGUCACCUCUGGACCGUGGGUGGCCUUUGAGCAGUCCAACUUCCGCGGGGAGAUGUUCAUACUGGAGAAGGGUGAGUACCCUCGCUGGGACACGUGGUCGAGCAGCUACCGCAGUGACCGGCUCAUGUCCUUCCGGCCCGUGAAGAUGGACUCCCAUGGGCACAAGAUCUCUCUGUUUGAAGGUGCCAACUUCAAAGGCAACACUGUGGAUAUCCAGGAGGACGACAUGCCCAGUCUCUGGGCCUGUGGCUUCUGUGACCGUGUGGGCAGCGUGAAGGUCUCCAGUGGAACCUGGGUCGGCUAUCAGUACCCCGGUUACCGUGGGUACCAGUACCUCCUGGAGCCUGGCGACUUCCGGCACUGGAACGAGUGGGGGGCCUUCCAGCCGCAGAUGCAGUCCUUGCGCCGCCUCCGUGACAGGCAGUGGCACCGCGAGGGCAGCUUCCCCCUCCUGGCCACCGAGCCCCCCAAGUGAGUCCGCACUGCACUCUGCUCCCUUGCCCCUCACUUCUUCAGGCUCAGUCCCUCAUCUUUCCCAGGCAAAUAAAAGUUCCUAAAGCCAAUACGUCUCCUGGGUCUGUGAACAGAUGUGUGCCUCGAGGUCCCCCACCAUUGCUGGAAUGUGACUUCCUCAGUCUUAAUAACUAACUGCAACAAUAAUAAAAAGAGCAAACACUGA